UAGUAUUGGUUUUACAUGCGAUACGUCUGCCAUCAACGGGAAUCAGCGGGAAACGAACGCAUUCACCUUUAGUAAGUAGGCUAGCACUGCGCUACACAGAAUAAACAGUAACGAAAACAUGUUUGUAUAUUAUGCUGGAAAAGCGGGACUUUUGGCUGACUUAUCGGGACGGCGGGACAAAACGCUGAAAAGCGGGACUGUCCCGCCUAAAACGGGACGUAUGGUAAGCCUAGGAAUAAUAACGCUCGCUUCAGAUGAUCAUGUGAGCUGUGUUGAAAUCGAUCAGAAAAAUACAUCCGUAAUGUGGCUAUCCGCCAACGCCAGGUCCGCGUUUAUGCAAAUGUUUAUAUCAGCUUACCAUCAGCUAGAACCUUCCAUAGCAAGUCCAUUUGUUGGUGAAUUCUAUGAAAAACCUACAAUUGAUCCGAUGGAACGUCCUACAGAUUCGGAAUACUUUUUCCACGUUCUCGACUUCAAGUCGACCGAUAGAACUAUUCAGACUACCGUUGAGACGAGAAAAAGAAAACAGCGGAAUCAAGCAAGAGCAUGGUUUUAGAUUAAUCAUUUUUACACAAUCAAACCAUCUGCGACAUUUCCUGAUUUGAAUCAAUUGCGAAUGGAAAUACAAGAUUUUGGUCAUCCACCCGACAUGGUUAUUCGGAUGUUCGCGAAAUUUAUUUAUUUAAUUUUAUAAUGUUUGCUUUUUCUUAUUAAAUUAUAUCAAAAUGUAGUAAACGAUGCCGGUAUCGCAUUUUGGCUUUCCGGUGGCGUAAUCGAGCUGAUUACUGUUGUGUUCGUGAAUUAUCGCUAUAUGUUGAUCAAGAACUAUGACGCCACU